CGUUGUUUUAAACAACUAGAAGAAGUACCUCUCGAAAUAUGCGCGCUUUCAUCGUCUUGACUGUUGUGUACAUCGCUGCUAGCCAGGCCCAGAAUGAGCAGGCACAAAGCCCUGUAUGCGUAAGGGACACGUUUCUCGCAGCUAUUCAAAAUGUCAGCGCUAGCUUCGACCAGGACCUACAAAAGGUGCCGAACAAUCAAGAGUCUCAGUAUAUACGAGCGAUGAUGGAGAGGACUUUCAAUCUUAUUAGCGAGAGAGCCAAUAGAACGUCGACAGUGUUGGUAGGUUGCGGCGCAAACUUUUCAUGCUAUGCCACUGUUCUGAAGAACAUGAACAGAGAUGCCAGUGGCGACGCACAAAGAACGCAAAAGGCUGUACUAUUGAGCGCAGAAAAACUUGGUUGUGACACCAGAGACCUCGUCCACUACAACUAUCAGAAGUUAUACAGGGCCUUGAGGAGUGCAGUUAAAACAGCUGCGGGAUGCUUCUUUUAAAAACACCGAAUUUCGAAGUGUAUAAUGAAACAGAAAACCUUUGACCAUCGAAUGUAUGAGACAGUAAACAAUUUCCGUGUAAUGUUAUCACUAAAUUCCACGUUAUUCAUUAUUAUUGUUACGUUAUUUCUUUAAAAAGUGGGAGUGAUAAUUUUUUAUUGAUUUUCCUCAUCAGUUCAUUAGCUAACUAAUGCUAUUUUAGAUUAAGAAGCCUCGUUUAUAAAACCCACGUGUUUUAUACCUUACAUAUAUAUUGGUUUUUCGUUAGACGUGGCCUGGAGAUGCGUUUGGCAAACCAUGACCGUAUGUGUUUGUUAUAUAGAAGAGUUUUAAUAAACGGGGAUGUCAUAUCUUGCUUGGU